AGUCACCAUAUCCUGUUCACAGCAUGUAGAAAAGUGUGUGUGGUCAGGGGCUGCAGGUUUUUUGUUUUGAUUUGUUUUUACUGAUUAGAAAGAUGAUACCAGAUGCAUAGAGGAGAUUUCAAGACGUUAAAUCUUGGAAAAAUGGCUUUCAUUUGUUUGGAUAUCGAGUGCCUAUAUAUUUUUCUUCUUUGCACAGCAUUUGGCUAUACUUUGCCUUCAAACAUGGAAAUAAAAGUUAAUCCUCCUCAGGACUUUGAGAUAGUGGAUCCUGGAUAUUUAGGUUAUCUCUAUUUGCAAUGGCAACCUCCCCUGGCUGUGGAUAAUUUUAAGGAAUGCACAAUAGAAUAUGAAUUAAAAUACCGAAACACUGACAGUGAAAGUUGGAAGACCAUUGUUACUAAGAAUCUACAUUACAAAGAUGGGUUUGAUCUUAACAAGGGUGUCGAAGCAAAGAUACACACGCUUUUGUCAAGGCAUUGCACAAAUGGAUCAGAAGUUCAGAGUUCAUUUUCAGAAGCUACUUACUGGAAACCAGAACAAGGAAGUCUGGAAACUAAAAUUCAGGAUAUGGAUUGUGUAUAUUACAACUGGCAAUAUUUACUCUGUUCUUGGAAACCUGGCAUAGGUGUACAAUUUGAUACCAAUUACAACUUGUUCUACUGGUAUGAGGGUUUGGAUAAUGUAUUACAGUGUGUUGAUUACAUCAAGGAAAAUGGAAAAAAUAUUGGAUGCAAGUUUCCAAACUUGGAGUCAUCAGACUAUAAAGAUUUUUUUAUCUGUGUUAAUGGAUCAUCAGAAUCCAAGCCUGUCAGAUCCAGCUAUUUCAUUUUUCAGCUUCAAAAUAUAGUUAAACCUUUGCCUCCAGACUAUCUUAGUCUUACUGUGAAGAAUUCAUUUGACAUUGACCUGAAAUGGAGCAUACCUAAAGGACCUAUUCCAUCAAGGUGUUUUAUUUAUGAAAUUUUGUUCACAGAAGAUAAUUCCUGGAUGACCAAUACAGUUGAAAAUGAAAUGCACAUCACAAGAAUGUUAAAUGAAAGCCAAGAAUUCUGCUUUUCAGUAAGAAGCAAAGUGAACAUUUAUUGCUCAGAUGAUGGGAUUUGGAGUGAGUGGAGUGAUGAACAAUGCUGGGAAGGUGAUGGAUGGAAGGAAAAUUUGACGUUUUUCAUGAUACCAUUUGGUAUUGUCUCAUUAUUUGUUUUGCUACUAACGUGUCUGCUUUUGCAUAAGCAAAAAACUUUACGGAAAUCAAUUUUCCAUAUGAAGAAAGAAGUUUUUUCUCAUCAAGAGACACUCUGUUGACUUACCAAUUUCCAGCUACAUGGACAAAUGUUAAAUAUGAGUCUUAGUAAACUGAAGUUCUUUUAAUGUUGAAUACAUCUCAUUGUAAAACAUAGUUGUAUUUAAAUAGGCUUUAGUGUACUCAAACCUUGAGCUAGCAGUAAAUUUGCUGGAGUCUUCAUAAAUUUGUGGUGAGAUGCUGCACACAGAGUCAAGGAGUGGCCCAGAGUUUGUUUGAUGAUGCCUUAAUAAAACAAUAUGAUUUUAUAAUCUUCA